AUGGAAAUCGAGGACGACGACGAUGCGGCGGCGGCGAGCACGUGGCCGAGUUCAUCCAGGCGCCGCCACCUCCUCCAGUUCCUUCUCCACGCCUCCAUGCGGCUCGACCUCCGGCCCAUUGUCAAGUACGCCGCACUUACCUUCUUCGCCGGACGCUUCCUCCCGGCGCUCCCGAGGAAGACGGGGUACUGCGGCACACGAAGCGGCCAAGUCGUCAGGUCCUGGCUUCUCGAGCCCCUGAGGGACAGCAACCUCGAGCUAUUCUCGCUCGUCGCGGUGUGGAUUGCCAGCAAGAUCCAUGAUCGGAGGCCGAUGUCAGUGAAUAGCCUCAAAGCCCUGGGUGAUCGCAUCAUCGCCGACCAGCAUUUCAUGUGCCGCGAUUUCGCCACUGCUGAAUUGGUGUUCUUGGAGGUAGUGGAUCACAGCAUUGGAUCUUCAAGCAUUGCUUUCAUAUACCUGGAGGAGCUUCUCAUCCAUUUCAGGGAAAUAUCAAAAUUAGGUGAGCUUUUGGAUCUGGAAGUGUGCAUGGAAAUUUUGGACAUUCUGUAUGAAACAGAAGAUACCUCAUUACUUUUCAAUUCUCCCUGCUCACUUGCUGCUUCCACUCUUGUUGCUGCAUAUGCUAUAUCAGUUCCUAAGCAAACAUGGGAGUUUCCAAUCUUUCCUUGGGUCAGGUUUGCUACAUCGUACGAUGAAGAGGAAAUCAUAAAGAUUGUUCUGACAAUUCUCCUGCAUGUGCUCAAACCGGAUGAGAUCAAAGAGAAGGACAAGGGAGGUUUUGAUGCCAGAUGUUUGUCGUGA